AUGGAUCCCGACUUCACACUCGGCCUCAUCAGGGUCAUAAUUCUCCUGCUGGGCGCCUACGCGCUCUCUGCGUCCCUCUAUGGCGCGCUGUUGACGAGGCGCACGCCGCCCAAGGAUGUUGAGAAGACGAGCGAGCCGCCCACGAUAGCGUCACGCAUACCGUACAUCGGCCACGUGCUUGAAGUCAUGAAGAGUGAUUUCCAAGAAUACUUUGGCCGGCUUUCAAUCAGCCAAGCGACGCCAGUAUCUGUAGCGCAACUCUUCACGCAGAGGAUCUACGUGGUAGACGCCUCCAAUACGGAAAUGACGAAGCUCUUUGCCAGGACACCGGGCUUGAGCCUCACAGCCGCUUUUUGGGUCGGUUUCGGCGGUUACCUGAAAUUCAACAAGGCCAGCGAGGAGAGCAUGAUGACACCGGACAAGCACCCGUUUAAGAAGGAGUUGUCGCGUCUCAUUCGGGACGAGCUCAUGACCCUCAACAAGGUCCAGGAACAUGGCGCGCACGUCCAGAAAAAGCUCAACGAAGCAUGGCAGCGAACGAUUCCGAAAGAGUCGAAUACGGUAAAACUUGCGGAAUGGGUGUCGGAUGGGAUCGCCAUGUCUGUAGGCUCAGUCAUCUGGGGAGCCAAUGGCCCGUACGAGGACCCAAAGUUCAGACAAAGUCUACGAACUAUGCUUUGCGGGUUGCGCCACUUGUACCAUCCUCUGACCCUAUUUCUGCCAACAUCUUUCCGCCGUGCUCGAGAUCACGUCCGGGCUGGUCUGGGCACCCUCGACGCGCCACGGAGCAAAGACGCCGAGGAGCAGGACUACGACAAGUUGACCUUUAUCGGCAAGGUCAAGGUCCUUUUGCAGAAAUACAGCAUCCCGCGCGCGGGCUGGAACGACUUUUCCUUUUCCCUCAUCAUGGGCGUCUUCCCCAACCUCAUCAACAUCAGCACCUGGGCGCUGUGGCACCUCGCUGCCGACGACGAGCUCAUGGUCGCCAUCCGCGCCGAGGUCGACGGCCUCGUCGAGCCGGCGGACCCUUCCGACGCCGAGAGCAAGCGCAAGGUUGUCGACAUUAGCCGCGUGCGCGAGUCGUGCCCGCUGCUCAUGUCGCUGUGGUACGAGCUGCUGCGGGUGUACGCGGCCAACUCCAACGUGACGCGGCUGGUGACGCACGACGCCGUCUUCUCGGGCCUGCUCUCCUUUCGCCGCAAGGCGCUGAUUGUGGCCCCAAUGCUGCCGCACCAGCACGGCCGCGACAGCUGGGGCGAGGACGCGGACGUGGUGCGCGCGGGUCGCUUCCUGGACGCCGAGGGCAGGGUGGACACGGGCCGCGUCAAGCAGCUCAUGGCGUUUGGGCUGCCGACGGUGCUCAUGUGCCCCGGGCGCUACAUUGUGUUCAACGUCGUGAUGCUGCAUGUCAUCAAGACGCUGCUGACAUUUGACAUUGCGCCCGCGCCGGGGGAGACGCUCAACGACGGGCAGGGCGUCUGCAAGGCGAAGAAGAGCAUGGUCGCGGGUGUUCCGGAGCCGUCUCAUGACCCAGAGCUGGUUUUGACGAGGCGGAAGGAUAUUGAGUCGGUGCAUGUUACGUUUGAGAACCAAAAACCUGGUUGGUAG